GAUACUGGUCCACAAUGACAGAGUCUCAGAAAUGUAAUUUCUUCCCUCAAGAUCCAUACUAUAUUCCUGGGUAUGCAGGGUUUUACCCUCAGAUGCGCUAUCAGGUUGGACAGACAUAUGGCAGAACCACCUCCCAACUACUGACAGACCCUGAGAUUACAAAAAGUAAUUGCCCGGUGCUGGCACCGCUGAUCAAGCCAAAGUUCAUUGAGGAUUUCAGCCAAAGGAGGAUCCCAAAAAAUGAGAUGAUGGAUCAGUACCAAAGUUACAUCCCUGGAUACACAGGUGUUUCUCCUUAUCAAGGUCACUUUCCUCUUCCAGACGUAGAACUCAGGCCCCCUGUUUCAAGGACUGGGCCCCCACCUGUUCCCCAGUCAUGGCCUAAUGCCAAUUUGACACAGCUAGUGGAACAGAGAAAAUACUCUCCGUGCCAUCCUGGCAUCAGAUUGUCAUGCGGACCGGGAUGGAGGCAAUUUGCAGCCUCUGCUGGCACACAGCUGGUUUCAGAAAAGGGCGACCGGAAAAUGAUUUGCCACCCCGAUAUUCCACUGGUGUGCGGGCAAGAGGAGAUGCAGGGGCCUUGUCACACAGACAUUGCUUUAUCGUGUGGGCAGGGCUGGAGGAGUGCCCCUUUUCUCGCUGGAACUGAUCAGCCAACCAGGAUCGAAGCAGUGCCUCUCCCAAGGGCGACGGAGUCAGUGAACGUGAGCCGAUUUGGACGGACCCCCAAGCUAGAUAUGCCCAACCUCAUCCAGCGUAAAGCCAUCUCAGGGUACACAGGCUUCAUCCCCCGUUUCACCUGGAUUAUGGGAGUCAACUACCUCAAGGGUGUCACAGAUGCUAUGAAUGAAUUUGACUGCAAUCAGGAAAAGAUGAGAAGCCCGUUGUACAGCUUUGGCAAGCGAUUGCCUCGCACCUACUGGCCCAAUACCAAGAUAUACGGCAGCCGAGGCCUGAUUCCAUACUACACUGGGUUUGUGCCAACCAUCAGGCACAACUACGCUCUAACCUUUGGAAACAGCACUCGGAAAGCUUACUAUGAUGAACUACUGCGGAGACAAGAGGCAGCGUGAAAAAGCUUUUAAUGUCUGUACAGCAUCAGACAGAUGACAUCAAGAAGAAAGCUGGAAGUGCAGAACAAAGAAACCAAGAACAAGGUUGGAAUGAAUAAAGUCCAUACAAGCUUUGAACAAAAUGUACAGGUGUUUACAGCCAGGGUCUUAGGCUGCCUCCUCCUCUGCUUCCUCUUCAAACUCGCCCUCCUCUUCAGCUGUAGCAUCCUGGUACUGUUGGUACUCAGACACCAGGUCAUUCAUGUUGCUUUCGGCCUCUGUAAACUCCAUCUCAUCCAUGCCUUCUCCGGUGUACCAGUGCAAGAAGGCCUUUCGGCGGAACAUAGCUGUGAACUGCUCUGAGAUGCGCUUGAACAGCUCUUGGAUGGCCGUGCUAUUGCCAAUGAAGGUGGCAGACAUUUUCAGGCCCCGGGGAGGGAUGUCACAGACAGCUGUUUUCACAUUAUUGGGGAUCCACUCCACAAAGUAGCUGCUGUUCUUGUUUUGCACAUUCAGCAUCUGCUCAUCCACCUCUUUCAUGGACAUGCGCCCCCUGAAAACAGCAGCUACCGUGAGAUAGCGUCCGUGACGGGGGUCACAGGCUGCCAUCAUAUUCUUGGCAUCAAACAUUUGUUGCGUGAGCUCCGGCACCGUCAGGGCACGGUACUGUUGGCUCCCACGGCUGGUGAGCGGGGCAAAGCCAGGCAUAAAGAAAUGCAGCCGGGGAAAGGGGACCAUGUUGACUGCCAGUUUGCGCAGGUCAGCAUUCAGCUGCCCUGGGAAACGCAGGCAAGUG